UGGAAGUAUAAUUCCAGUGCUCAGAGCAGACACAGCAAAUUCUCUUGAUUUUCGGUUUUUGGUUGUAGAAAAUGAAACAUAACAAAGCAAAUUACAGUCAAGAAACUGAGUCCAACUUCAAGGCAGCCGAGCACGAUUUGCAACGAGCAACAGGCCACGGCGAGGAUCGUCUUGAGAUGACAGAAAUACACCAAGAGCACAAUGAGCCACUUGGACACAAGGAUAUCCAGAAGCGAAAGCACAAGCAAUACGAGUCCAAAGACACUUCAAAUGGCAGAAAGUGUUUAAAGGUACUGCCACGACCCAUUAUUGGCCGUUUGCACGUUGGAAGUUCGACAUUGUUUGGUGCCCUUCGCAAUAAAAUGAAAGCGAAGGAACACAUUGAAAAUUUGCAAAAGAGCAACACUUCCACACAGCAAAAUUGGUACAACACACCCGUCGAUCUACUGCAAGAACUGAGAAUAAUUUCAGAAGAGAUGCGUUGCCAGGAGGAGGAUGAGAAUGCAGGAAUGGAAUCCCAUGAGCCAACCCAAAAGCCAACACUAUUGGCGAUGCCGAUGCCCGAUGGUGACCAGGAGCUAACCACUGACCAGAACCUCGCUGAAAAUGCACAAAAAGUCGAGUUUGACUCCACGGACUGGCUCCUUCGAUUGUUGGAGCUACUUUGGGUGCAAGUUGCCAAAUUGCUUGACCUUCUUAAAUGCGCACCGGUGAUGGUUCAUAUACUCAUUGCCAUUGCGAUGCCGCUGUGCCUUUGUGGCAUUGCCCUCGUCUUCUUUGGAUAACCAAAGGCAAGGCAGAUUUAAGAGAUUCAAAUAAAUAAUAAUUAUUGCAUACGGUAAGGUAAUUGCUUGUGCAGAAGCAGCUUAAUAAGUAAUUUACCUUACACACUCACACGAAGACUCGAUCCAAAACCAGCUGAAACCAAAAUGUAAAUGCUAAGUCUAAGCACUACGCAAAAUGCCAAGAAACACAGCUUACACUUCGAGAGAGUUUGCAAGCCAAAUCACAUUUCGAACUAUUUUUGGCAUUGAUCCAAGCAGAUCCACUUAAUAAAAACCAAUAAAAACACAUACAAAAAAUGAACAAAACAACAAACACGCAAAGCACAUGGCGGAUGGCGAAUGUCGGAGGUGAUGGCAAAAGUGUGCUGACGAUGCGAUGAAUAUCGAUGUGCAAUAACGCUGUGUGCCUAGAGAUGCGCUAAAAAUAUGAUUGAACAGCUCCAAGUUCUU